AUGGAAGUGAUUGGGGAGCUUCGCUUAGAAAUGAAAGCUCUCAUGGAAAAUCAGCUUAAGGAAUAUGAGAUACUAAGAAAUAGAUUUAUAAAUACUGAGACAGAAUUAAAAGAAUUAAGAAAAGAAAUGAAGGUACUUCAAGGAAAAGUAGAUAAAGUACAAAUAUUGGAAGCGAAAGUAGAUAGUAUAGUAAGAAAUGAUGAAAAAUUAGUGAGCAAUAUGAUUAGGGUAAGUCCAACAACUGAUAAAAAUGAGGAAGCUUAUUUACAAAAAGGAACUCCUCAAUCAUUUGCAGCGGCAGCGAACCGAAACCAAAACCGGGUACUUAAAAAUAAGUUCCCAACGAAGCAAGCGAGUGUGGCCACGAAACCAUCAGACAAAUCGACUUCCGUAAUUAGCUCAAUUGUGAAGGAGAUACCCGAACCAAAGCAAGUAAGAAAUAAUUCUGAGCAAAUAACCGAAACUGAGGAUAUAGAAUCUCAAAAGGAAGGAAACUGGAUAAUAGUAAAUAAAAAGAAGAAAAGCAGAUACCCUAAUACUGAGGCAAGUAUCAAAAGACACCGCACCGCUGGUAAAAAAUAUAUUAUAUUAAAAAAAUUAGGCCAUGCUGCAUCAAUUGCUUAUGGUAUUGAAAAUGAGCAGCAAGCAUUGCACAAGAUACAACAACAAGAAAACGUGUCUAUUGAGCCCUAA